AUGUCGUCCUUGCCUAAACAAAACUUCGUCCAGCCGUCCUCUUCAUCUAGACAAUCUCCCUUCCGCGCCGCAAACACCACCAGCGCGAAUCCAUCCACCGCAACAUCAAGGCCGCGACCCAUCGCCCCUUCGUCCGAAUACAACAAGCGCAGCGAUGCAUCUUACACCCAGCUAGGCGAGAGUCCGCAACAACACGAUGACCACCAACCCGCCCCCGAGCGCCCCUUCGAAGACGUCGAAUCAGGCUACAACAACGACGACCACGACAACAGACCAAAACCAACACCAGCAAACUUCAAGCCUUUCUUUACACUAAUCGAAGACGCAAACUCUGCCGACUAUCAUCAUCCAACCGUGCACUACAUCUUCUCCGACGAUGACGCGGAACUAAUGACCGAAGCGUCACUGCGAGUCCUCGAAGCAGGGCACCACGAUGCGACAUCCCCUCCUCCGCGCAACGAUUCGGAAGAAAGAUUAGACUCUGCGGAUCAACAAUCAUCACAUAAACUUGAGAAUGACAGACCAUCCCUUUUACCGCCACCAAUACCAGGCGUUAAGGAGCGGUUCAUCGUUUUAGACGUUGAGCAAUCAGCCACCGCAAUCGGAAMCCCGUCUUCUGCGCCCGACGCGCUCCUAGCCGGUACAUCGGCAGGGACAGGGACAACCGUCGUAUCAUCGUCGCCCGCUCAGAGACAGCAACAACAGCCAUAUGGAUACCGCAUUGUCUCCGCGCACAGCCUCACGCCAGAUUGGCAAGUCCUCGACGCCUCCCUUAGCCCAGCACCAACCUUCGACACUCCCACCGGUGAUCAGGUGAGUGUGACCAACACGCUCAUGCUCCGCAUCGAAGGCACGGGUGGCUAUGCGCGCGACAUACCCGUCGGAAAGGACAAGGAGGGACCACAGACGCUGGAAGAAAUGAUGGAGCAGUUUGAUAAGCGCAUGGUGGAGCUGAGGAGGGUUAUCGACACGAAUGGUGAUUAUUCGCCGUUGGGGGCGACAGCGACAGCGACGGCGACGGCCACUGCGCCUGCGCCUGCACCGCCGGGAGAUAAUGAUGUUUCUCGUGCUGAGGAAGUGAGACAUGAAGAGGCUGAUGAAGAAGCUGUUGCGAACGAUUAG